ACCGAGAACCACGAGUGUCUUUCACUCCAUACACCAUUCGCUGGGUUAUUAGCUUAAGGACGCUAAUGGUGUGCAAGAUGAAGAACGUAGUACUCGUGCUUCUCUUCGUUCUUCCCCUCGCGUUGGCUGAUUUGAGGGUUGGCUUCUACAAUUCCACCUGCCCGCAAGCAGAAUCCAUCGUGAGGCAAGUCAUUCAGAAGAGAUUCGGAGCCGAUCGAUCAAUCACUGCCGCCUUGCUUCGCAUGCAUUUUCACGAUUGUUUCGUGAGGGGCUGUGAGGCAUCCAUCCUCAUCGACUCCACCGCCAAGAAGCCAUCGGAGAAAACCGCUGGGCCGAACUUCUCUGUGCGAGGAUAUGACAUCAUUGAUGAAGCCAAGAAGAGCCUUGAAGCCGCAUGCCCUUCGACCGUCUCUUGCGCUGACAUCAUCACGCUGGCAACACGAGACUCCGUGUUCCUCGCCGGAGGGCCCAGCUACAAUGUCCCUACCGGAAGGCGGGACGGUCUGGUUUCAAACCCGGAUGAAGUGGACUUGCCGGCACCCUCAUUAUCGGUAUCUGAGGCGCUACAAGCUUUCACGGCUAAAGGGUUUACACUCACUGAAAUGGUGACUCUUCUGGGCGGCCACUCCGUCGGAGUCGCUCACUGUGGCUUGUUCGAAGACCGCCUUUCGAAUUUCCAAGGCACUGGAGCUCCAGAUCCAACGAUGGACUCGAGCUUGGUCGCGAAGCUAAAGGGCAUCUGCGGGAACUCGACAAGCAACGACCCCACCGCGUUUUUGGACCAAAGCACGUCGUUCAUUAUGGAUAACCAGUUCUACAAACAAAUUAUGCAGAAGAAAGGGGUGUUACAAAUCGACCAGGAGCUCGCCGUGGACAAAUCUAGCGCCGGCAUUGUUUCUAGGUUCGCGUCAGACGCGAACAGUUUCAAGACGAGCUUCGCUAGUGCGAUGGUGAAGAUGGGAAAUGUCCAGGUUCUCACUGGGAAUGCCGGAGAGAUAAGGAGGAAUUGCCGGGCCUUCAAUCAGCCCAAGUAAUGAUACGUUGCUAUAGGGGAAUAAUUUCUUCACUUGAUUGAAAAUACCAAUUCCAUAAUCCGGUUCGGGAAUGGAUUUCUGUAUGCUAGCUUCUUUAUUUACUUAAGACGGGUAUUUCUGUAGGGGAAUGCAUUGACUUUGAAUUCACUGUGGAUCAAGUAUUAAUUUUGAAGAAAGAGCUUAUAUUGAA